CCAUCCCAAGGCCAGUUCACAAAUGGCCUUUGUGAAGUGCAGUCAUGGGGCCUGGGAUAUAGCUCAGCACAGUACCUGCCUGGUAAACACAAGGUCCUGAAUUAGAUUCCCAGAUCUGCUUCCCCAACCACGCCGCAAAAGAGAGUCCAGUCAUGCCCAGCUGUGGUCCAAGAGCAUCAGCAUUCAUCAAUCUUGGGGUCUCAGGGUGACGGUCCCUUGUGUGGUGACAGUACCUUUUCUGAGAAUAUAACUUUCCCUGCCUAAGGUCUUCCUACCCAACUCCAGGACUGAAUAUACUCCCUCAUGGUCUAUUCCCUGUGCUCUACCCCUGGCUGGGCAGUUCUGAGAUCCAGCUGUUGUCACCACCUGCCAGGGACAAUAACUGUGGAACCCUGGCCUAAGGGGAAAGCAUGGCCAAGAUGGCCCCCAACACAGCUUUCCUUCAGUAUCCCUGGACAAGUGCCCACACACUUGUACCAGCUAGAUACCCUUAUCCGUGACUGAUUGUAAAGGUCUGGAUUUGGGUUUGGGGUCAUUUGGGGUCAGGACAGGGUGCUAUUUAUAGUCUGCUUCAUCUCCUCCCAGAGGCCAGGAGUGAUGAUACUUUGUAUCUGAGACAGCAGGCUGGGUCUAGGCAGGGGUUGCCAUGGUUCUGUGCAUCCCCUUGGUCUACCGACUCCCCGGUUGGAGAAGGGUCUGUCUACCCUUGUUAGCAGCAGCUCCUCCCCUUAUCCUGCUGCAUCCCUGCCUUCGGAGGGACUGCUCUGGCCCUGGGGCUGCAAAAGUGGCUGGGCGUAUAGAUUGGUCUUUGGCACUGCUCUUAACUGUGGGGACAGUUAAGAGCAGGGUCUUCCCCACCUUUGCCAGCUGACUUGGAGCUUGCACGCAGCCUCCAAGGCUCGGUGCUGGGUAUAGGGAUGGGUGUCUCUAAAAAGCAUACUGGCACUUUCAGAGUGCUCUGGGCCCUGGAGAGUCUGGAGAGUCGGGCAGCAGGGUGGCCUGGGAAGGCGUCCGGAGGAGGUGAGGUUCGUGUCAAGCCUUGAGUCGGGCACGAAGGGUCUCGCAGCGGAAGUUUUAAGUGCAGCAACUUCGUGGGAGGAGCUUCUGCAGCGCGGAGCGCGAGAGCGGUACCCAGCACUGGGACAGUGCACUGAGUGCUCCUGUGGCUGCCUCGGGUGUGCGUGUGGGGCGCGUGCGCGCAGGGGCGCCGUGUGCGCGGGUGCGCGUCUCCGUGACGCGGCCCGAGAGUGGCGCGGGCUGAACAGAGCAGGCAGAGCGGGCCGGCCGGGGCGGAGCGGAGCCCUCCGCAGAGCAGCCCCUCCCGGCCUCGGCCGACCCCGGCCCCCGGCCCGGCUCUAUGGACAGGAGUUCUCUGCUGCAGCUCAUUCAGGAGCAGCAGCUGGACCCUGAGAACACAGGCUUCAUUGGUGCGGACACCUUUGCUGGUCUGGUGCACAGCCAUGAGCUGCCCCUGGACCCAGCCAAGCUGGACAUGCUGGUGGCCCUGGCCCAGAGCAACGAGCGGGGCCAGAUCUGCUACCAGGAGCUGGUGGACCUGAUCAGCAGCAAGCGCUCCAGUAGCUUCAAGAGGGCCAUCGCUAAUGGACAACGGGCACUGCCCCGAGAUGGGCUGCUGGACGAGCCAGGGCUAGGUGUCUACAAGCGAUUUGUGCGCUAUGUGGCCUAUGAGAUCCUGCCCUGUGAGGUGGACCGCCGCUGGUACUUCUACAGGCACCGCAGCUGCCCGCCCCCCGUGUUCAUGGCCUCGGUCACUCUCGCCCAGAUUGUUGUGUUUCUCUGUUAUGGGGCCCGCCUCAACAAAUGGGUGCUGCAAACCUACCACCCUGAGUACAUGAAGAGCCCCCUUGUGUACCAUCCUGGGCACCGUGCCCGAGCGUGGCGCUUCCUCACGUACAUGUUCAUGCACGUUGGGCUGGAGCAGCUGGGGUUCAAUGCUCUCCUGCAGCUGAUGAUCGGGGUGCCCCUGGAGAUGGUGCAUGGCUUACUCCGCAUCAGCCUGCUCUACCUGGCAGGCGUGCUGGCAGGUGAGGCGGGCAUGGCCCCCCUGCUGACCUCGCUGGCUGGCUGCGCCCUCACCCUUGCCUCUGCUCAUGCAGGCUCCCUGACUGUCUCCAUCACCGACAUGCGUGCCCCUGUAGUGGGGGGCUCUGGCGGGGUCUAUGCCCUGUGCUCAGCACAUUUGGCCAACGUUGUCAUGAACUGGGCCGGGAUGAGGUGUCCCUACAAGCUUCUGAGGAUGGUGCUGGCCCUGGUGUGCAUGAGCUCCGAGGUGGGCCGGGCUGUGUGGCUGCGCUUCUCCCCACCACUGCCUGCCUCAGGCCCACAGCCCAGCUUCAUGGCGCACCUGGCAGGUGCAGUGGUGGGGGUGAGCAUGGGCCUCACCAUCCUGCGCAGCUAUGAGGAACGCCUGCAGGACCAGUGUGGCUGGUGGGUGGUGCUGCUCGCCUAUGGCACCUUCCUGCUCUUCGCUAUCUUCUGGAAUGUCUUCGCCUAUGACCUGCUGGGUGCCCACAUCCCCCCACCACCCUGACCUGCAGCCCAGGGCCAGAGGGGCAUGUAGUGUCCAGCCACCAGGCAGGUCUGCACAUCUGCCCUCUGUGAGUGGACAUCUCAGGGCUGCUUCACCCCGCGGGGACAGGUGGGCCCUGUAGUCCACCAGCUGAGGCUAAGCCUCACUUCAUCCCUGGGUUCCCCCUCCCAGGCUGUGGGGGGAGGUUCCCAAAGCUGGUCCCAGAGGAGACCUAAUCCCACCCACUCCACCUCCAGGACUUGCAGUCUGAGCCUUUUUGGAGAAUGAAUAAAUAUUUUACACUGUACUAGGUACUUA